UUACCUGAUUGAAGUACCGUCCAGUCAAGAGUUGAAACAUGGACCAGUAAGAUCCCAAAAGAGAAAAAAGACGAUGUGUUAGAAUCCAGAAAUGAAUGAGCACGGGCUAUAAACGGGACCGAGGACUAGUCCCGACAUGUUGUCUCGUCAGGAGAGAUGCGCCACCGCACCACCAAUAUCGAUCAGUGAUUCAAAAGAGCGAAUAUCUUCCUUUACUGACAGUCAUCAGCUUGUUGUUCUCUGUGUCAGCUCAUCAAUCAUCACCUCAGCAAAGAUGGCAUCAGGCUUUCCGUUUGCUUUGUUGCUCUGUUUGUCCAUCGGACUGUUGGCUCCAUCUUGUCAUGGACGACCCUCCUGCCCAGAAGGUCUGGAGAGGUGUUAUCCUUCCCCUGGGGCACCUCCUAGCCCACAUGGGUUGUUUACACUGACUGCAACCGGUUCUACUCAAUCACUUUCAUCAUCAUCAUCGUCACCUAGAACACCUGAACACUUCCCGCCUCCAUCUGCAUGGCCAUCCACUGUAUUACAACCGACAGGUCACUGCCCUCCUGGUUGGACUCAGUUCGGCUCUCGCUGUUUCAGUUUCAACAUCCAGAGAAAGAGUUGGACCGAUGCAGAGAACUUCUGCAAGGCCGCCGGUGGGAAUCUGGCUUCAGUCCACUCAGAAGAGGAACAUGAAUUCCUCAGAACCUUCAUUAAACAAGUGAGCGGUUUAAACAGACGGACCUGGAUCGGAGGCUCUGACUCAGUGCAGGAGGGCGUGUGGCAGUGGUCUGAUGGAUCUCCAUUCAACUACCGACGCUGGCAUGUGGGGCUCCCUGACAACUUAUUUCUGGUGGAGCACUGUCUUCACAUGAACUUUUUGGGAAUGACCUGGAAUGACGAUUGGUGUGCCAAAAUAUUUCCUUUCCUGUGCUCCAAGAAGCUGUGAGGCCUCCCACCAUCAUGAUCUCACUACAGCUCAUCUAUAAUCUCUUUCAUUGAUUCACUUUCAGUUUGUUGUGCAGACAGAAACAGCUCUCUGCUGACAGACUCACUUUCUCUUGUUUAUUAUCUGAAGAGUUAGGAAACGGUUCACAUUUGAGUUUUAACAUUAGAAGGAAACUGACUCUCUGAGCUAGACAAAAACAUAAUCAGUUAUUGGACUUUUAAUCUAGUAUAUAACAAAAUGAAAUACAGAAACAUUUGAAUACAGUGAUAUUAUUCCAAUUUACUGAAUAUUGUCUGUCAGCUCUGUCCAAAGGUAACAACAUCCACCUACCAGACAUGAGUGGUGACAAUCUUCUCUUCAAAAUGUCCAAAUAGAAAAUAAAUAUAAUCCAUACAUAAUAAUAAAAGUCCAAAUGUUGUCUGAACGUUCUGUGAUACAAUAGGAGUUUCUGGUGUGUUGGGUUCUUUCUUCAUCUGUUUUCCUUCACUUUAUAAUCAAUAAGCAUUCAAAAAUAAAAGACAUAUUGUCACAGUG